CGAACACUCUUUCUCCGAGCCACCUCUGUCGACCAUGGAUACGCAAGGCGAAAGCUUGCUUUACAAGUGCGUUCAGAGACGGUAGAGCAUAACUUGGCAACACAAACUUCGGGACAGCAACCGCUUUGUCACUUGCUUCUGUUUCAAAUUGUCUUCAAUCCGCUGAAUCAAUGUUGUGACCACCCAGUGGUAUACUCUAACUCGCAUCGAGACGUCAACCCCGCUAUCUUCAUCAGCAUGUUCAAUUACUCUGUUAGUAACCAACCCACCAAUGCUCCGCACAUUCCGUCCGAAGUCGAGGCCAAAAAUUACCUUCACGGCCUCUAUUCCAAGCCUCGCUUUAUCGCUCGCUCAAGCACCGACAUAUGGAUGAAGCCCACGGGUCUCGAAGCGUAUCUCGAACGAAAAGAGCUGACCCUCUCGGUCCGCACUGCCUCAGUGAGGUUUGGGAGGACACUGUCGCUCCUGCCAUGGUUGAUUACCUGCUCAGGAAGGAGGUGCAGUUCACGAUUCUGAACCCCCUCCGUAUCGGCGUAGCCGGCAAGCCUUCCCCUCCCGCCUUCAUCAUGAUAGGCAUCAACCCUGACACACUCUCUUCCAAGACUGGUAUCGAGGUGGCCGUCGAUUGCCGAUCUAUCCUUCUCCAAAACCAGAUUGAAGAUGUUCACAUCUUGGUUUGCGAAUCCAAGUACCAGCGUGCUGCAAUGUACAAGCCUGCCAUCCGCACCGAUCCCGCCGCCAUUCUCCGCGAGCCCUUCUCAACUACUGUUGGAAUCCCAAUAUGUAACGCCAAGACGUCCAACUUCGAGGGCACUGGAGGCCUCUUCUUCAUCGACUCUACCAACCCCGGCAUCCUCUACCUCCUCACAGCGAGGCACGUCCUCUUCCACCCCGACAAGGAGGAGAACAAACUCUACAAAUUCCAUGAGGGCAGUGGUGCGGCCAGAAGGAAGGUCAUGUUGAUGGGUGAUGCCGCCUUUAAGGCUCGAUGCGACUCUUUAGAGUCCAUUAUCCGUCUCAGCAGGAUGAAGAUCGAACAAAUCAACAGGGAAUUGGAGGCUACUGAGAAAUUGGAGGACGAGGAUGAUGUUAUCGCGGAGCGGGAGGAGGCGGAGAAGGUCAUCACAGCCUUCAAGGAGCUGCUCGCCACAGUUACAAUGGACUGGGAGGACAAAGAGAAACGCGUCAUCGGCCACGUUACUUUGUCGCCACCACUCACUUUCAAUCACGGUGCGGAUGGAUUCACAGAUGAUUGGGCAGUGAUUGAAAUACACCCUUCCAUGAUAUCAAAAUUCAACUUUAUCGGCAAUGCCAUCGACCUUGGCUAUGUUGGGUAUGACGAGCUCAUGGUCUGGAUGUACCCCCACCCUGCCAACCCAAGUUCAUUCAAUUACCCCCAUGACCGUCUCCUACGAUUUUUCGGAACUGUCUCUGACCAGGAGAUGUUCAAGCUGGACCCGAAGACCAAGGACAAGGACACCGACCCGGUCACUAUGGUUUUGAAGAACGGUGCCACUUCCAACCUCACCGUCGGCCGGUUGAACACAAUCCGUGCCUUCACUCGUGAAUACUCCAAAAACAAGCCCGGUGAGAUGUCGAAGGAGGUGGGCGUGUUGCCUCGCAACUCCAGAUCCGGCCCGUUCUCAAAACCUGGUGACUCUGGCUCUGUGGUCGUCGACGGCAAGGGCAGGGUUUGCGGAAUACUCACUGGCAGAGACGGAGUCACUGAGGACUCUGACUGUAUCUUCGUCACCUCGAUCAACUUCAUCAUCAAGCGCCUGGCUGACUUUGGUAUCAAGGCCAACAUUUUCCCCUUGCCUGCCGAUCUCUAAACGCUAGCUGCCCCUUUCCAGAUCCCUUACUCCACUCGUCGCUUGUGUACGCCUUCCUUUUAUCUAUUCUUCUUCUUCUCGUCCCCUCUUUUGCAUUCUUCCACGAUGUCAUUCUUUACUUCCUUACUCACGUUGUUCACGGACCCGUCGAUAGUCAACGUAGAUUAGGUACCGAACAACCCCCUUCCUACAGUGUUCGUGGCUUCUCACCAUGAUAUCCAUCUCUUACUGGUACGUGUGUUUUCUUCUUCACGACGGAGUCAUCAAAGAUGUAUGUUUCCUAUCGGCUGCGUUGGGCAAUAAGCCGUGACGAAUAAUAACUUUUAUUGACCUCCAUUGCACUGUCGAGAGAGGAAGAGAGAAGAUGACAGUAUGAGAGUGGGCCAAUUUGCACGCACUGGACUUCACAACAUGACAUGUAAAGUGACGG